GUGGAACUAGUGGUGUCAUGACCAUACUGUUCUGCAGAUGGAUUUUCAGAGUUUGGGGGACUGCGAAGUCUUUGGGCCUUGAAGUUGGAGGUAUGCUUCAGCUCUGAGGUGGAAGACUGCUUAGCGUGCAAAAACCACAGCAUUUUCUCCCAAGUUUUUAGUGAGAUUGAUGGUUUCAGAGAUGUCAUUUGUCAGAGUGAACCGUUACGGUCCCCGGGCAGGAGGAAGGAAAACAUUGAAAGUAAAGAAGAAGAAAACAUCAGUGAAGCAAGAAUGGGAUAAUACUGUGAAUGAUCUAACAGUACAUCGGGCAACUCCUGAAGAGCUGGUGCGACGUCAUGAAAUACACAAAUCAAAGAAUAGAGCAUUAGUGCACUGGGAACUCCAAGAAAAAGCAUUGAAGAGAAAGUGGAGGAAGCAGAAACCAGAAAUUUCUAAUCUUGAGAAAAGAAGAUUAGCUAUCAUGAAGGAGAUUCUUUCUGAUCAAUACCAGAUGCAGGAUGUAUUGGAAAAAUCUGAUCAUUUGAUGGCUGCAACAAAAGAUCUAUUUGUUGAUUUUCCUCGUAGGCGCACAGGGUUUCCGAAUGUAACCAUGGCUCCCGAUUCCUCACAAGGUCCCAUCAUGGUAAAUCAGGACCCUGUCACUCAGUCCAUCCUUAACGAAUAUGACACAGAGCCUCAGGCUCUUAAUGAAGUAGAUGGUCAUGAAGAAGGAUCUGUUCACAGCCAGUCAGAAGACAGCGAGAAUGAAUUAGAUAACUCUCUAAACUCUCAGUCUAACAUGACUACAGACAGAUUUCUCCAUCAACUAAAGGAAGAUAAUUCUGAGUUAAUUAAUAAGCUGUGGACUGAUAUACAGCAGAAAAUAGCAGCACAGUCACAAGUAACAACCUCUCCAGGAACUCCAUCAUCUGCCUCUCCAUCAGGGGAACAAAAAGCUGCUCUGAAUGCUACCAAUGCUGUCAAGAGAGUCCACACCAGGCUUCAGUCUGAAGAAGCUUCUGAGACUCUAGACUCAAGCUUUGUUGUGGGACAAGUGCUGAACUCAAGGAAACAAAAACAGUUGUUAUGUAAAGUGAAAAGAAAACCGGAUUUGCAUGAUCCUUCCAAGCAGAAGAAAAAUAUGUUAGCAGCUAGCACAGCCUCCACAGACCCAAGUCACAGUAAUCCCAGCCUGGAUGUCCUCAAACACAUGAUACAUGAAGUGGAACAUGAAAUGGAAGAAUAUGAGCGGUGGACUGGACGUGAGGUCAAGGGACUGCAGGGCAGUAAGGGUCUGACAGGCUUCACUUUGUCACUGGUGAGCUCCCUCUGUCGUCUGGUUCGGUACCUUAAAGAGAGUGAGGUACAGCUGCGUAAAGAAGUAGAGACAAGACAGCAACUGGAACAAGUAUUAGGUGAUCAUCGUGAUCUCAUUGAUGCUCUGACAGCUGAAAUUAUUCUUCUUAGAGAAGAAAAUACUGCUAUCCAGGUGAGACUUCAGCAGUACAUGGUCACAACAGAUGAGCAACUUAUAUCUCUCACGCAUGCCAUUAAGAACUGUCCUGUGAUAAAUAACAGCACAGAAGGUCAGACAUCAGAAAGAGGGGCCAUGAAUGGAAGAACUGUAGAUAAUCCCGAGGGCCCAGUGGUAAAUGCUAAUGUCUCAGUGCCUUUGAUGUUCAGAGGGGAGGAAAUGGCUGAAUUCCCACAGGAAGACUUGCCUAUAAAACUGCCCCAGGUGCCAAACCCUCCAGAGAGUAUGAAUCUGGGUAACAAUAUCCCAGGACAUUUAUUUGAGCCAGCGGUGCUGCUGACACCUCCCAGGCAGAAGAGCAACUCAGAAUUCUCUCCGCUGCAGGAUGUAUUGAGGAGAACUGUUCAAACUCGUCCUGCCCCACGAAUUCCUCCAACUGUGGAAAUAAUUGAGAAAGAACAAAAUUGGGAAAAGAAGACCUUACCUACUGCCACAGACAUUCAGAUUUCAAAUGAAGAAAGUCUUCUUUUCACUCAGAGAUGGAGGGUCUCUCAUAUGGGAGAAGAUUUGGAGAACAAAAUCCAGGUUCCUUUCGUUACUCUCUCACAGCCCCUCUGUAAUUCCCAUUCGGGAAGCCCUGCAUUCUCAGAAGAACCCCCAGUAUUGGGAGAUGGGCAACAGCUUACAAGUGAGGCAUUAACACAAAGAAAAGACAUCAUGACACGAAUUGCUGAGUUGACACUACAGAAUUCAGCUAUCAAGGCACAUCUGAAUAAUAUUAUUGUACCAGGGGGAGACCAAGGGGAUGGAUUUCGGGAAUUAAACAAGCUGGAGACAAGUCAUGCAAGCAGUAUGACGGCUACAUUUCCAGCAGCACAACCUCUAACAUCAAGUAGCAUGGAGGAACGGAUUGCAGAAUUGAAUCGGCAGAGUAUGGAGGCUCGUGGAAAACUCCUGCAGUUAAUAGAGCAGCAGAAACUUAUUGGUUUGGAUCCCCCCUGUUCACGACCAUCACCUGUUCAGUCACCUCUCAGAGCAUGGACUGAAGGAGGAAAGAGGACAAUUGAGGUAUCUAUUCCAGGAGCAGAAGCCUCAUCAGAAAGCUCAAAAUGCAGCACUGUCUCUCCUACCAGUGGGAUUAAUACAAGAAGUAGAUCUUCAGGGGCUGCAAGUAAUUCAUGUUCUCCAUUAAACACUACCUCAGGAAGUGGGCGACUCACACCUCUUAAUCCAAGAGCAAAGAUUGAGAAACAAAAUGAAGAAGGCUGGUUUGCACUUUCUACACACGUAUCAUAAAUGGAGUUUUACAGCAUUUGUUCUCAGGAGUGUAUUCUUGAACUUUCCUGCUCUUGCUAGCAAGUGUGUGUGUCCUUCUUUUAGAUAAAAGCUAUAAAAAUAUUGUGAUUUUGUACUAAUGGGACAAAGAAAUAAAGCAACUGCUUUAAUUUUUAAACCUUUUCAAAUAGAUUUCCAACAUAUGACCAACUCACAACCUCCUGUGCAUAAACUUUUGACUAUAGAGAAAUUGAAGUUUAUAUUUUAAUAAUUUUGUAAGUAAUUUUAAGUUUGAGUAAUAUAUAUUUGCCUUUAUCAUCUCUAUUCAGUUUUUAAUCUAGUGUUAUCUUAAAUGUUAAUCUAUUUCAUUUUUAGUUUUUCUGAAGAACCAAGUUGCUCUGCAUAUAACUUAAAAUAAAAUGCUUCUGUGUGAUUAAAGUCAGGCUUUCAGAAAAAUUUAACACCCCCUGCAGGUUUCUGUUUUGAGGGAAGUCACUGUAUUCCCUCACUUUUUCCAUCAAGUGGAAUGUACGGCAUUAAAAAGCAGGCCUGGAAGGUGAGUUUGUAUAUGCUUAGGCAGGUGAGAAUGAUUGUAUAUAUUAUAAAAAUCUUAUGUAGUCUUUAGAAGUGAAGAUGCCAUCAAUAUUGGUAAUGUACAUCAGACAAAUACUGAUCAUAGAGCUCAGAUGUUCAAAUACACUAACAUUGAUUAAUUGGUAAAUUUAAUGCUUGAAACAGAAUAAAAUAUAAAAGGAUGUUGUCAAUUUUCCCAGCCCUGAAUUUACUCAGCGUUCAGGACACCUGUUUGGCUUUCAGACCCUGGCUUCUGUUUUCAGCUUGCUGUGGGAAUUACCUGCCAAGGGACACAUGAUAGGAUUUCUCUACCUAAGUGAGGGAGGAGUGGGGUAGGGAGAAGCACAUUGAAACUAUCUGGAAAACAUUCUCAGAUAAUGCCUUCCUCCUCCUCUAGUUGUAAGUCACUGUGUAGAAGGUGUCCUAUACAACUUUGAUUAGGCUUCUUCCUUGUGGCAAAAAUAAAAUUCUGGUAUUAUUGAUUUUGUUUAU